AUGUAUAAUGUACCGUUGCCCAAACUCAUCGACAUUGAUGAUGAAAGAACAGUGACCCACGCAAAAUUUGUUGAAAUUGUCUUCGUACUCCUUGUCGUCUUACAACUGGUCACCUUACAGCAUAUGCAAAUUUUACAAGCAAUAAUUCUUGUAAAAGAAAAAAUUAAGAAAAAUCAUUAUUAUAUUGCAGAAAUCGGUGCGAAACCCGAGGCCUGGAUUUCAUCGCCAUCGUCACCAGACUUCACGAACUAUGUCUGCAACACCUGCAGUGCGGGAUUCCGCAGGAUCGCCGAUCUGCACAGGCACAAGUGUGGUCCGCCCCCGCGCUAUAGCUGCCCUUACUGUCACAAGAAAGACAAUUACUCGUCCAACAUCAAUCGACACGUUAAACGUUCGCUGCCGAUGCUCAUGAUAAACCGCGCGGCUCCGAGUUUCCGCAGCCUCCCCAUCACCAAGGACCUCACGGCCGUGUGGAUGGCCCAGUACGCGUACCAUUGCGACAAGUGCGGCAAGGGCUACCAGCACCGGGCGACCCUCCUCCGGCACACGCGCCACGAAUGCGGCAAGGAGCCCAAAUUCAAGUGUCCCUAUUGCCCCCACAAGACCAAGCAGCGGGGCAAUCUCUACCAGCACAUCAGGACCAAUCAUCCCGGGAAGAACGUCUUCUCCGACACGGCUUGA